AUGGAUGAAGAUCAUCAUGAUCCUAUGAAUACAAUAUUGACGAAUACUUCUAUUACAACAGAUAGUCAUCCAACAAGUGAAUGUUUCAUUUACACUGCUAGUCAUCAAUCCAUCAAAGUUUGGAAAUUUAAAGAUUUAUUAGUGAAAUCUCUAAAUCCAAUUUUCACCAUUACUCCUUCUCUAUAUAAGGAUAGUAGUGAAAAUUCUCAAAAUGGAGAGAUUAUUAAUUGCAUGAAACUUGUUGAUCCAUUCAUGUAUAUUGGAUUUGAUAAUGGAUAUAUUUAUUGUAUUGAUAUCAACACUACAAAAUUAGAGCAUGUCACUCGAGUCAUCAAAACACAAUCAGGUAGUACUAGUAGUUCCAAUAAUAAUAAUGAUGGACAAAUUUGUGGUAUUUCCAUUCAUUCCAUUCAACAAUCUAUAGGUCAUAAUCAACUAUUUGUUGGAUGUGCAGAUGGUACCAUUCGAAUUUUUAAUUCAUCCUUACAUUCACAGAAUACAACAAUUAUUGAUCCAUUCUGUUGUGUCAAAAAGAAAAUGUCUGUUCAAUGUUGUUGUAAUAACUUCUCACUGGAUGAACCCAAUGCUAAUUGGUUACUAGUCUCCAAUACAGAUACUAAUUUUAUGAGUUUGUACUCGAUCAAGUUCAAUCCCACCAAACCAGCAAGAAUGAUCAUGAGUGGAAAAACCAGUGAUGUGAAAAUUACCAAAGAUUGUAUGAUAUCCUUAGGUGGAGCUCAUGUUUAUUAUUGGAAUCGAGAUGGAACCUUGCAAUUCAAGUUAGAAACUCAUUUCGAACAUUUAUACAGCAUUCUCGAAAUGGAACAUGUAAAUCCUCGUUUGUUGGUAGUGAUUGGAGUUUUGAAUGAUGACAAUUAUUUGAUCACCCUCUCUACCACUCAACGAAAUAUUUUGCAUAAAAUUAGAAUACCUCAUUGUUGA